GAUUAAUAAACACAUCAUUAAAGGUGGUUUAUAUAUUCAACGAAUUUGUGUUGUAGAUUGUGAGUGUUUAUCUCAUCACAUAGCAUAUAAAUAAUUAUCGCUUCAAGUAGUGACGCCAGAUUUGAAACUGCACUAGUCGGUACACUUACCAUCAUGUACAGUCGUUAUGUUGUUUUAGUUAACCAAUAACAUUGCUUCAAGUGGAGCUCCGGUAUCAUCAUGUGUUCCUGAUCGCAAAAAAUCAUAAACACAGCAUCCAAUUCAAAAUAUUUCUGAAUAUUUCUUUCGUGUUGAUAAUAAAGUUGAUUAAGCCGAAAGAAUUUCAUGUAGCGAUUCACUGUUCCUUCUUUGGUUACUGUGCUAGCACAAACAUAAAAGGAAAGAAAAGGAGAAUUCGCUCUAACCUAACUAAGAAACUCGGUGUUUACAGUUUAUUUCGCGAGGAUCCAUCAAGAAAUAAUUGAAAACGGAAUAAAUUGAACAGCAUCAAUCAUCGACGUUGAACGAACUCGCCGGUAUAGUCAACAAUGACGACGAAGAUCCUGGACGGUGGUUUUUCCGGGCAGCUCUCACGCCAUGUAGGUGCGAAGAUCGACGGGGACCCAUUGUGGACGGCGCGAUUUCUCGCAACUAAUCCUGACGCCGUUUACGCCACACACUUGGACUUCUUGCGUGCCGGCGCCGAUGUUAUCGAAACUGACACUUAUCAAGCAUCCGUGUCCGGCCUGAUGAAGCAUUUGAAUGUGAGCGAACGUGAGAGUCUGGAUUUGUUCACGAAGGCCGUCUCGUUGGCCAAGAAAGCCGUGCGCGAUUAUACUCGAGAAACAGAUGGCCUCGAGCAACAUGCUGACAGAAGACCUAUAGUAGCUGGCUCCUGUGGGCCUUAUGGCGCUUGCUUGCAUGAUGCGUCAGAGUACUCCGGAUUCUAUGGAAAAACUAUAUCACAACAGGAAUUGAUCGAUUGGCACAGACCACGCGUACAGGCGCUAUUGGAUGCGGGUGUUGACGUGCUGGCUCUGGAAACUAUACCCUGCGUCGAGGAAGCGGAGGCCCUGCUGGAAUUGUUGCAGGAGUUUCCGCACGCUCGAGCCUGGUUCUCAUUUUCCUGUCGGGACGGUCAGCUCAUAUCAGACGGUAGCAAUUUUCAAGAAGUGGCCGUACGCUGUUACCGUUCUUUGCCGUCACAGAUCAUUGCAGUUGGUGUUAACUGCAUCGACCCGAAGUAUGUGACUUCCUUGUUGAAGGGAAUUAACGAGAAUAUAUCGUCACCAGAUUUCAUUCCUCUGAUAGUGUAUCCUAAUAGAGGUGGCAGCUAUUCCGCGACCGGCGAAUGGAUCGCGGUUCCGGAUGAUCAUUCCUUAAAUCUACCUAUAUCGAAAUGGUUGGACAUGGGAGUUUGUUACAUCGGCGGCUGUUGCAAGAUCUUUGCGGAGGACAUAAAAACAAUUCGAUCGAUAGUGGAUCAAUAUCACGCAAAAACUGCAGCGACAUAAUCAUUUUUACAAGUCAAGCUGAUACGGCAAUCUUCGAACAACUCGGAAUGACACAGCAAUCUCCGAACUUGUAUAAUAUAUUUUUACACAGGUAUCAACACGCGUGUUAAAAUCAAUAAUGAUUAAAGAUAAAAAGAUAAAAAGUAUACUUGCAAUCAAUUAUACAAAUUGAAUUUGUUAAAUGAUUUGCAGAUUACUAUAAAGCUGAUGCAACAUAUGUAUAUAUGACCAUCAUCGCAGUAUAAAAAUUGUCAUGAUGCAAUUGCCAUGAGUAAUUAUUUGUAAUAAGUAUACAAGAUAUUUAUCAGUCAUA